AGGGAGGCCGGGGAGGCCCGGUCCUUCCUGGCGACAGGUCAGGUCCUGCCCAGCCCUGUGGGCCCGAAGACCCCAAGGCCUGAGCCCCCCCGGGCCCCCGCACACACGUGCUCCCAACACCCCGGGAGCGAGGCCGAGGAGCCCGGCCGGUCCCGCUCGACGCCACCCGGGCGGGAGAGGCUCCCCGGUCCCCGCGCCAACGCUGAGCCCGUCCGUCCUCUCCCCCCAGGUGGCCCCGGGCCCCUUCCCCGCCCCGGCCAUGCGGUGAGCCCCGGCCCGGCGCCGCCAUGGAGCCCGGGAGCCUGUCGCCCGUCCAGCUGUGGUGCCCGCGGCCCUUCGGCACCUCCUCGCAGAACCAGCCACGGCCCCCGGCCCGCAAGCCCCCGGCCUGCCCGGACGGGGGAGGGCCCGCCUGCUCCGAGAACACCCCGCCGGCGGCCGAGCCCGCCGCCUCGCCCCCGCCGCCCGCGCCCCCGCUGCUGGCCACGGCCCCCGGCGAGGAGGGACCCGUGCUGCUGGACACGUGGUACGUCAUCAAGCCCGGCAACACCAAGGAGAAGGUGGCGUUCUUCGUGGCCCACCAGUGCGGGGCCGGGAGGGUCAGCGCCAUGAAGGUCAAGGGUCACUGGGGCAGCGACAGCUCCCAGGCCAAGCGACGCCGGCGCAGCCACGACCCGGCCAAGGCCCGGCCCGAGCCCGGGCGGCCGGAGCCCGGCCGGCCGCCGCCGGGGUCGGGGCCCGGCGAGGACCCCGACCUGCUGUCCGUGGCCGAGAUGGUGGCCCUGGUGGAGCAGCGGGCGGCCCUGGCCCUCCAGGCCUCCUACCCUCGCGGCGGCGGCGCCCCCCCGGCCCCCGUGGUGUUCGUGUCGGCCGAGCGGGCCGGGGGCCCGGGGGGCCCGGGCGCGCCCGAGGGGGCCGAGCGGCGGCCUGGGGACUGCAGCCGGGUGGCGGAGGCCGUGGCCCAGUUCGAGGCCUGGCGGGAGGUGGGGGAGCGCAAGGACGAGAAGGGCGGGGCGGGGGCCGGGGCCACGGGUGAGGUGCGCAUCGCCUUCCGCAUCUCCAGCGGCCGGGACUCCCGCUCGUCGCCCCCCGGGGAGGGCGGGGGCGGCGGCGGCGGCGGCCGCCAGGGCUGCACGCUCCCGGGGGGCCCGGGGGCCCCGGACAAGAUCACCUGCGACCUGUACCAGCUCAUCAGCCCCUCGCGGGACGCCCUGCCCACCAACGUGGAGUACCUGCUGGCCCGGGCCGACGGGCCCGGCGAGCCGGGGGGCGGCGGCGGGGAGCCCGGGGCCCCGCCGCCGCCGGCCCCGGUCCCCGCCGCCGGGGCCGCCGACCGGCCGGACAAGCCGGCCCGGGACUCGGCCCCCCCCGCCGCCGCCCCCGCCGCCGGGGCCGGCUUCCACGUGGACGUGGUGGUGACCGGCGUGGUGGACCAGUGCGUCUUCCUGGGCCAGGACGGGGCCAAGAACGUGCAGGAGGAGACGGUGCGGCUGGGCGGCGCCCCCGUCCCCGAGGAGCCCCCGCCCCCCGGCCAGCUCUUCUUCCUGCCCCGGGGGCCCGACGAGCCGCCGGCCCCGGCCCCGGCCCCGGAGGCGGCCCCGGCCCCCGGCGGGGCCGGGGGCGAGGCGGAGGCGGGGGACCCGGCCCUGUGCCGCCUCUACCGCCACGUCUCCCACGACUUCCUGGAGAUCCGCUUCAAGAUCCAGCGGCUGCUGGAGCCGCGCCAGUACCUGCUGCAGCUGCCGGACCACGUGCUGGUCCGCAUCUUCAGCUGCCUGCCCACCCGGGCCCUGGCCGCCCUCAAGUGCACCUGCCACUACUUCAAGUGCGUCAUCGAGACGUUCGGGGUGCGGGCCGCCGACUCGCGCUGGAGCCGGGACCCCCUCUACCGCGAGGACCCCUGCAAGCAGUGCAAGAAGCGCUACGCCCGCGGCGACGUGUCGCUGUGCCGCUGGCACCCCAAGCCCUACCACCACGACCUGCCUUACGGACGCUCCUACUGGAUGUGCUGCCGCCGGCCCGACCGCGAGGCGCCCGGCUGCCGCGUCGGUCUGCACGACAACAACUGGGUCCUGCCCUGCCGCCCGCCCGCCCCCGAGCGGGGCCGCCGGGAGGACGGCAGGUGAGGGGCCCCCGGCCUGGGGAGGGGCCCGACCGAGCCGCCCCCUCCCCUCUCCGCGAGUCCGGCCUCACUGACCGGGGGUGGGGGGUGACCACCCUCCCGGACCGGUUCCCCCUCCCGAGCCGUGGCCCCAGAGCGACCGCAGCUCGGGCGGCGACGCGGGCCGCCCGGGGCCUCGGCGGUGGAGCGGUCCGGUCGGCGACCGUUCCCCGACGGUCCCGCGGCGCCCCGUCCCUCCGGAGUCCCGGGUCGAACCCACCCCCACCCCAGACCUCGCUCCCGCAUCCUUCCGGCAGCGAGCAGAUGGCAGCUAACACGGGCACCGAAGCGGGGUCCUUACGCCGCCGCCUUUCCUCCCGCCCCUUCAGUCCUCCGUCGAGGUCCUGCGGCCUCCCGGUAGCCGCCCCCCUCCCUCCUCCCUCCCGAGGAGUCGCCAGCGGGGGUCGGGUCCGGGGAGGGUCCCCGGCGCCUCCUCCCCCCUCCCUCCCCGGCCGGCACCCCCGGCUCGGCCUUGCGGGUCGGGCAGCCACAGAUCCCGCCGCAUUUCCCCGGCAGCCCCUCUGUCGGGGCUCCCCCCGACCCCCCCGAUCGGCAUUUCCAGGCCGCGGACCCUCGGCGAACCGGCGGAGCCUGUCCCCUCUCCGACAUCCCUCGGCGGGGCCCGGGUCCCCGACCCCGAGUGCUCCGCUCGCCCUCUCCCCGGCCCCCCGCAAGCUGUGAAUCGGACAUCUCCCUCUCCCGGAGCCGGGCGGGCCUGGCUGGCUCGAAAGUUUGGGUUGAUUUUGUUUUCUUCUGCUGUGAACUCGCUGCCCCAGGCCGCUCCCCGCAGCCCUCUGCCGCCCGCCGCCGCCAGCGGCGGGUGACCCUCUCAGAACCCCGGCCCCCCACCCACCCCGCCCCCGGGGCGGUAUAGGUUUUUGGUUUUUACCUCCGCAGUUCUGGAUGCUUUUCGUGUGUCAUGUUUGACUGGUUUUUAUCGGUUCUUUCUAUAAAGUCAAUAUUUAUAAGGCA